AUGGGCAAGUGCGUCAGGAUCCGCGGCAGCAGCAAGCCGCGGCCCGCCGCGGCCGCGGCCGUGUUGUGCCUCACGCUGCGCAGCGGGCGCCGCGUGCCGCCGGUGGCCGCGUCGUCGGCGUGCAGCCCGAGGACGAGCGGCAGGCCGCGGCGCCACCGCGGAUCAGCCCGCCGGUGGUGCGGCGCCGAGGCCGCGGACAAGCAGCGCGCGUGCGGCAGCCCCCGGCGCAGGAACGCAGGCCGGGUGCUCGGUGCCCAGCAGCUCUGCCACGACGGGCGGCCGGAGGAGGAGGAGGUUCCGCCGUCGCGGGCGGCAGAUACCGGUGCCGACGCCGUUGCCCGCGGCGCCGACGACGGCCGUGGAGACAGCUUCGAGAGACCAAAGACGCCGCUGAUGACUGCCGACUGCGACGCGGCCGCGGCGAAAGUGAAGGGGAAACACGCGAACGAGAGCCACCGCUGCCGUGGCGUCGACGGCCAGCUGCCGCCGCCGACAGAAGCAGAGAUAGAGGCCUUCUUCGCGGCGGCGGAGCUCGCGGAGCGCCGGCGAUUUGCAGAGGCGUACAAUUACGACGUUGCCCUCGACCGCCCGUUGGAGGGGCGCUUCGAGUGGGCGCCGGUGAGAACGUGA